GUAGGUAGUUGGCACCAUCUCCUGGUCAAAAGCAGAAUUACACUUCAGAUACAGACUACGUUGGGAUAUGGUAUCUAGGCAACCUCUUGUAUCAUGAGCAGAGGGUACCUCCCACAACAUUGGAUAUGCUUAUUUUACCUCUAUCCUAGCAUAUUUGAAACGUAGUCAGUUAAACAUAUCUCUGCGGGGCGAACACUUUAUUAUUGACCCUAAGAAAAAUGAUCGCAGAGAAAUUUACUUUUACGUGCGACCAGUUGUCAGCUCACCGGAAGAUAGCGUGCUGUCCGACUCACUGUGUCACACCACAUGGAGGCAAAGACCUGCUCUGUUACAACCUGAAAGACCUUAACCAGGAGCCCCUGGCAUUAACGGGCCACCAUGGUGAGAUCUCUGCGAUGGUGUUCGGGAGUCGUGACACGAACGUCCUACUCUGCUCUGCCUCUGCUGAUUACAUCAUUGUGUGGAACAUUGAGCUGUGUCAGAAGAGAGUAGACGAUGGCUUAAUUGCAGCUGGAACAGUAAUCGGUACCUUACUGGGUGAUGUGGUCUACCUUGCCUUCUGUUCCUCUGGGGAGCGGGUAGCAGCAUGCACUGGAAACAGAGUCAAUAUACUGAGCUCACAGCAGGGGGAGCUGGUGUGUACCCUGUCUGCUCACCUGGGGCCCCUCACCGCAGCAGAGUUCUGCCCCUGGGACGAGGAGAUUCUAGUCACCACCUCAGAGGACCGCUCCUUUAUGGUCUUAAUAAAACAAACAUUAACAAUACUUAAAACAGCCAAUAGCCGAUGA